GUCGCUCCAAGAGCCAAGACGCCUAUGACGAGCUCAGCAGCCACUGUUGCCCGCGUAUCGGAGACCAACGAGUCGGUAGACGAUCCCAAUGAAGCCACUACAAGCUCCAGCUCUGCUGCUGGUCAGAGCCAGCUCCAACCCGGCAGACUGCGAGGCUUCAGUCGAGCCGCGCAGUCGGUCAUCUCCAUGCGCAAGCUGCAGAAGUCCACGGAGAACGUGGCGGAGGAGGAGCAGUAGCAGCAGCCGACCGAUUCGUGCUCGUCGGUCAUGUCCAGCGUGGUGCGCAGGGUGAGUCGACACAACAACGCAGCCGACACGGGGCUUGGACACGCGUCGUCAAGCGUCACCGGAGCGGGAGCUGCCGCGUCCGACAAGCGCAUCUCGCUGGCGCAGAUGCUCAAGAGCCGGGAGAUGAAGAACCUGAUGCAGCAGGCGCUGGUCGCCAACAAGCAGUUCGGACGCGCAGCCACGAUCCCCGAGGAGCAGUCGCGUGUCAUGGCGCACUGGAUCAAGCUGUUGACGUUAAAGGCGGGAAGUCGGACAUUGUGAAGUACUGUAUGGCACGAUCACCGUUGCCCACUCUU